CGUCAUUCGAGGUCAUUAUGUCCAAUGUAAAACCGAAGAGUGUGUCAGAUAUAUUUUGUGAUGCACAUGCUUUGCAUGUAGUUGACACAAGCAGAGCCAAAGACGGAGUGUGGUUAGUCAAAGUUCCAAAAUAUUUAGCUGAACUUUGGCAUAAUGCUGGCCCUGAUGGUGUAGUUGGCAAAGUUGUGAUCGCAAGUUCAACUAGUGCAUCUCAGAAUGGCAACAAAGGCCCAGGGUCACAAGUCACUCUUGUUACUGAUUCAGAACUAUUAAAUCAAGUCGGAGAGUCCGGAAAUCUGAUACCAAAGGAACAUCAGUUUCUGAUUCAAACUUCUGCAUCAUCAAAUAGUACACCUGUGACUGCUCGCCCAGGUCAAACUACUCCAAGUUCGACAGUUCAAAGGCGUCCUGGGACUAUAUCUGGACAAGAACUCAUAAUUUUAUGUGAAGACGACCUCGGAUGUGCUCAAACCAACUCGUUUCCAUCUUCGACGACCAACACAACUUCAAUUUCCUCUGCAGCCCCACAUUCUCCAUUCUCAAAUAAACCGUACGCUCGUUACUCUCGGCGACUAUCUUUGUUUGGUCGUGUUAAUAGUAGAGCUGAAUGCAGACCACCACCCAAUACAAGAUAUAUGAUGCUCAAAGCUCAACAGGUAAAAAUCUUUGAUUUUAUCUAGAGGCUUAUGUAGGUUCAUAGAAUAUUUCCUAAUCUUGAAUGUCCUAUUUUGUACCCAUUCUAGUUCUAGAAAUACUCAACCCUCACUCUUGUCCUAGUUUUAUAUUCCUUUUAUUUCCUCAAGCUCAAAGCAAAGAAUCGACCGCGACAUGCAGUCUGUCUCCUUUAUGAACCAGUAAGAAAUUACAAACCAGUUUCCAAUCAUGUCAACAAUAUCGAGUAUGAAAAUCGGAAAAAGGUUGAGGGUAAAAAUCUUAGACGUGAAAAAGAAGACGUUUUGCAGGAUUUGUUCAAAGCUUUCGAAAGACACCAAUAUUACUCUAUUAAAGAUUUGGUUGUACUUACUAAGCAACCAUUGGUAAGCAUCUACAUAAUUUACUCUCUAUAUCUUUGUUAGUUUCAGUUAGUUUUAAUCAUAAUCCUGAUCAAAUUCGAAAUACGUUGAUACCGUAGAAUCUACUAACACGUAUCACGUUCGAUGAUUGGUCGUAUAUGUCUCAUCGUCGUUUACUUAUAACUAGUCAAAAUCCUCAGUAAUUAUUGGUUAAAACUGUGUUUAUUAAAUCCAUUAUUUUUAGAUGUUAGAUUAAUUCUGUCAAUUUAUCGUACAUAUAAUCACUGAUAUGUUUUCCACCCUUAACCUUCUUUUGUUUAUCUUGCGUUUACAAGCAAAAGCACCAUCAUAAAAAUGAAUUUCUAUCGAUAACCAUGGCGGGAUUCAAGAAAGGAAGAACAACAAAACAGCAAUUAACAGCAGCCGAACAGCAAUAGAGGAAGUCAAGGCGUAAUCUGGACACACCAAAGCAAACAAGCAAGUGAAAAGAAGAAUUAGAGCUGACAAACAGAAAUACGCAGAAGACCUGGCAGCGACAGCGGAAGAAGUUACUAAGGGAGAGAAUAUGAGACAACCAUAUGACAAAACGAAGAAACGAGCAGGGAAAUAUAGUUAACCAGAGCAACCAGUCAAGGACAAAGAAUGCAAACCAAUCACUGAAGUUCAAAAACAGAAGAAAAGUUGGUAGAGCACUUUGAAGAACUCUUGAAUAGUCCAGCCCCACUGAACCCACCGGACAUCGAAGCAUUACACACAAACCUUCCUAUAGCUGUCAGUAACAACGAUCAAAGAAAUUAGGAGUGAAAAAGCAGCAGGACCUGACAACAUACUAGCCGAAGCAGUGGAGUCAUAUCAGGCGGCCUGUUUGAAUAUCUGGGCCUACCUCUCUCUGCCAUCAAGAUAUUUCAACAAGUUAUCUGUUUUCUUGUUUUUCUUAACACAUCAUUAUGCCCGUUAGUCUCAUAACCUAUUCAGGUGUGUUUGUGAAAAGUUUACUACAUUUCGCUGUACAACUUACGAAAGAGCCUAAUCAGAGACACCGUGGUUGCUGGCAAUAUGCUUCGAAAAGAAUAUACAUGAUUCAGAUGUCGAUUCCUGCUAACAUAUAACUGGCGACCACUCAAUAUUUAUCGCAAGGAUCGGUCAAGAAAUAAGAAAAGGGAACUUGUUGAAAUACUGUGCUGAGAAUUCUAUACUGUACCAAAAAUAUAAUAUUGAAUAAACGUUUCUAACAAUGUAUCGAUAAACUGACUGAAGGAUUCAGUAGGCAUACAGCUUCGAGAUCAACAGGCCGGAUUCCGUAAGGGUCGGUUAUGCACAGACCAAAUCGCAACACCAGAGGUCAUCGUUAAACAACCAGUUAAAUAGAACUCGUCACUGUGCAUCAACUUUCUUGACUUGAGUGCUGUUAGAGGUAUGAGGGUGGUUAUCACUUCCCGGUUGCCUACACCGUGGAAGGGUUCUUCUGGAAGUACCUGAAAAGGAAAUUGGAUUAGAGGUGGUCUUAGUGACCUGAGAGCGUGACCGCAGUGCCCAAGGGACAACUGCUUGAGGUCGGUCACACACGAUCUUUUUAUGGGUAAUUUUUGUGUUAGCUCCGUACUUGUUGAGACCUUACUGCGGGGGAUGGAUAUCCGUGGGAUAAGGCGAGGUGUGCAUUUUUGGGGUCGACCUUUUCUAACCACCCCUCCUUGUGGGAAGGCAGCAUCGCUGUCAUGUUGAUUGUCUGAAGGAAAUUCCUUACUGUUAUCACACCUCUGUACAGUCAGCAGUACGACUUCGCCUUCGGACCUUAGGUUUGUUGCUUUUAGUCUUACAGCUCUUCAACCGACCUGUCUGACAUGGUAGGGCCUUGAGUAACGGUUGUUCCAGUCAGUAUAGCUCGGUUGCUUCAUCACGAUAGGCAAGCCCGACCACCACGCCAAGGUAGCACCAACAGUCGGUGUCCAUCUUGUUGUGUUAAUGAGGUAUGGCAACUUGGACCGAUGCAUAUGUGUGCCUGGUCCUACGUUGUAGCUGACUGACUGACUUCCUUGACUGUGCGAAGGAGUUCGACAGUAUGGAUAGGAGAAACUUAUGGAACCUUCUUCGACACAGGUGUAACUGAGAAGAUCGUCAAAAUCAUCUGAAAUUCAUUCUCUUCUGGUGGUUGACUGAACUAUAAAGAUCACAUCUGAGGGUAAGCACGGAAUAUAAUGAACAGCUUGCAUGAAACUAGACGAUUCGGACUUCUCAGAUGACCUAGCCCUUCUAUUCCAUACACUCCAACAGAUGCAGGUCAAGGCAACCAAUGUAGCAUAUGCCUCUGCAUCAGUAAAUCUCAACGUACACAAGGGAAGAAGCAAGAUUAACGUUAGAUCCACAUCUGAUUGACGCAAUGAAAAUUGGAACAUAAAGUAAGACUAACUCCACAACAUAACGCCUUUGGAGUAGAUGCAAGGUAUUUAAUUUGUUUUGAAAUCUAGACCUGUCGUUCAUGUACCCUCACAUUAGCAAAUAUUAAUCUGGAAAUAUUGACGUAACCAAUUAAUUUGUUUCGUUAGUUUUCUAUAAACUAAAAUAUUUAGUUUCAGUUUUACAUGUGUAUGAUAUAUCCUUUUUUUAUUUUCAGGCCUAUCUUACAGAGAUACUAAAGGAAAUUGCUAUCUUCAACACUCACAUUCCACACAAAAAUAUGUGGGAGCUGAAACCUGAAUACAGACAUUACACACAGCCUGAGAGUAAGACUGAAUCUAACAUGGAAUAAACCAUGUAAACGUACACCAAUUUGUAAAUUAAUAAAGGCGUUCCUUCCUGU